GGUUGGCGUUUCCUGCGAGGAAGCCCAGUGACCGGCAUGGUGAGAAGAUGGAGUGAGAUGGAUUUUGGCCAACAUUGUACUAAUUUUCUAAUCGAUGAAACAUUUGAUCUCUAUGCAGUUUUAUGUUUCCAAAAAUAUAAUCUAUAACAAACAGAGUGGACUGCGUUUUGCGGACUUUACCCUUUACCCCACUUCAUAGUAAGCGUUUCCUAACGAAAAUAUGCAAAUAAAUACUAGAACGUGCCAUUGAGAUCUCACUAGCUAGUGCAUGGCUCUUCCCAUCUCCUUGCUUGUUCUACCCACCAUGAUUAAUUUCCUCCCAUUGGAAACGACAGCCUCUGGUCUAUCUUGGGUUAGUUAUAAAAAAUCUUUGGUUUUACGUUCAUUCAUUACCCAAGGGUGACUAUCUCCUCCUUUCUCUAAUGUCUCUGUAGUGGAUCGCUGUGACCAUAGAAAUAAAACGGAUAGACAGGUCUGCUUGCAAAAGUGGGUCCUUCCUUACUCAACUCUGGGUGGGGUGACAGUUCUAUUAAUUUCUAUUCUGUAUCAAAGAAGCACAAGGUCUGAGGAUGAUGUGAUGAGACAACACCAACCAGGGCAGGUGAACAUCGUAUUUGUACGGGCUGAUUAAACUCUAGCUAAUGUAUAAACAUAAAAAUGAAUAUAUUUUUAUUUAUUUGAUAUGUAAGUGGUUUACCGUAGCCUUUUAAUUAAUUAUUUGUUUUAAUCAGUAAUGGCGACCGAGUGCACCCAAGAAGCGGUUGUUCAAUUUCUAACCGAGCGAGGAGGGAGAGUGAAAAACCAGAUAUUCAUUGACUAUUUCAAAGCUGUUUUCCCAGAAGACCCUGACCAGAAAGCAAUUGUUCGGGAGAAAUUCAAGGGAUACGUGGACAAUGUCGCAUUUGUAAAGUUGGAGAAUGGAGUGAAAUGUGUAUGUUUAAAAAAGAAGUAUCGAGUUUCAUUGAAGUGUACAGUGGAAAAAGGCAGCGAGUGCAAUGGUAACGGGACAGGCACCUUAUUGGAACAAGAGGACAGCGGUGCUGCUAUAUCAAAAUCAUAUAAGAACUUGAUAGAGGAUUGUGCACCACAACUGCAUCUGUCAGUAUCAUCUGCUGGGCGUGUGCACUCUUGGGAAAUCACUGCAAACGAAGAGGCACAAGACAUUUCACUUGGCUCAGGUUACGGAACUGACAAUGCCACGAGAGCGAGACCGCCUGACAUUUCUGGAAUUAUUUUGGAAGGUAAAAUUGUAGAAAGAGCUGCGUCAACAAGGUCUGUAGUUCAAAAUACUAGUUUAUCAGACAAUAUGGGAAAUGCGUUAGGCAUUGGUGGUAAUGCAGAGCAGGAAUUGACCAAGGGGGACAUUCAUUGCAACCGCACGACAUUGCAACCGCAUGACAUACCGCAAAUUGCAGUGAUUGAGGCGUCACCUUUACCUACAUCCGCGGAUGGCUCUAUGUUCCCCUUACCCAUACGUCCAUUUCCAGCUAAUGCACAGGACAGCCUGCUGUCCCGUCACCCUUCAACAGAGGACGGGGCAGACGAAAGCCAGUAUUAUGAUUUUCAACAGAGCAUAUCUGGGAGUGACAGCUACACACCUAAGAGUAGCCGUAAUAACUUUAUUGAGCUCAUGAUGAACAGCUCCCUCCAGGUGCGACGCAGCAUGGUGUUGAGGAACUCGGACUCCGCCUCUGUGGUUUCCUCUACUACAGACGAAGACGGUGCUUCAGUCACUCUGGACCCGUUGGAACACGAAUGGAUGAUGUGUGCAUCCGACGGCCAAUGGGAGAGUCUCCACCGCCUCCUUUCCUCUGAACCGAACCUUGUCAUGAAGAAGGAUUUUGUGACUGGGUUCACCUGCCUGCACUGGGCCGCAAAGCAGGGCAAACAAGAGCUGCUGGCGCUUCUCGUGAACUUUGCCAAACAACACACAGUGCCCAUCAACAUCAACGCCCAAUCAAGUGCCGGCUACACGCCCCUACACCUAGCAGCAAUGCACAACCAAGUUGAGGUGGUGAAGUUACUGGUAGGAGCCUAUGACGCAGACGUAGAGGCCAGAGAUUACAAUGGGAAAAGGGCGUGUCAGUAUCUUACAAACAGUGUGGCCGUUGAUAUCCGUGACAUCAUCGGGGCGGGUGUUGGCGGCGACUCGGACUCAGAGAACACAGACUAUGGGGAUGGGGGACGUUGGAGGUUGUCUAAAGUUCUCCAGUCUAAUCUGACGCCCCUCAAACUGCACAAUCACAGCGAGGAGGACACAGGUGAUGGAGUAGACCAGGCCAGACAGAAACCCUUGCUGAGGAAAUCGUCCUUUAGCAAGAUGAGGCCCAAACUCCAGAAGAUCCGCUUCAGAUCUUCACAGAUAGUUCACAGCACUUCGUUCCCAGCACAAUGUGAGACAGAGGAGCUUAACGGGUCCAGGAAAAGCUCAUUUAAAUCCAGACCCAUGUCAAAUCUGUUUGGCUGAGGAAUAGCCCCUAAAUUUACUCGACAAAGAGCAAAUAAACUACUACAGUGCAGAAUGACUGAUGUUACAAGUGUUUGUUUUUUUGUGGCAUAGGCCAAGUCUGGUGUUACACAUACUUAAGGGUUUUCCUCUAGGCAUUAUAUGAAUAUACUGAACUAACAGAAUAUGGUAUUACAUGAUCUAUUGAGUAACUGGCCAGAUUGUCACCCCUGGUUAGGCUAAAAAUAUCUGUGAUAACUCUCUUAUCAUUCCGAAGUAGCCAAGUAGGUCUUAUUGUUCGUCUGCUUGAACCCUUAACGUACAUGUAAAGCUGUCUGUAACCCACUGGGCAAAGAUGUCAUUUUAACGUCUUGUUUUGAUUUCCAUUUGGUUGAGUUGAACUCAUUUGAAUUCAGUGUGAAAUCAACAAAAAAUGACACAAUGUCAUUGGAUUUAGGUUAAAAGUUGGGUGAUUUUAAAAAGAUACGAUUAACUUACAUUGAUUACUUUUUUUCAAAGCCAAUCAGUUUUCCACGUUGGUUUGAUGCCUUCAUAUUGACUUUUUUGGGGGGUUGAAAUGACUUGGGAACCAGGUUGACUCGAUUUGUUUUUGCCUAGUGGGAAGUGUUUAAACGUCAAGUUAUUUCACCACAUGGUAGAAACAAUGUCAUUGAUUUCACAACGCUUGGGAACAAUUCUAUCUUAUUACUGUCAGACUGUUAUUUGUUUAUUCUCCCUUUUAUAUUUAUGUUGCUUAAAGCACUUUGAUUUUAAACUGUUAUUGAUCCAGCUUUCCUGCGGUUGAUGCCAUUCAGUCCACCUGAAAGACUUUGAGAUGGGAAUUUAGUUCCUCUUUGUGUUCAAGUGGACGAUUGGAGGCCAACGAAAAGGCCUCUGGUCCUUUACGUCUGUAAUCAGGGUCAGUAGAGGAGAUUUGUGUCACAAGGUACGCGGUUGUAGAGUGCAUGGUAGGCCGACUGUUUAUAGUGAUGAAAGAUCAGGUUUCAUAACUAUUCACGUUUAAAAAGGUACAUUUUUUUUGACCUGAUAGCUCCUUAUUUUGAGUUGUCUAAGGUUACAGUCGGCUGGUAUCAAGUUGUAGGUUACCCUCUGUUCUGUUUUAUAUCAACAAGCUCAGGCUUGCUGACCCAGGAGAGCCUAGCUCAGCUGAGAGUGAGCAAGAGAGACUAGUGUACAUUUAGUGCCUUCAGAAAGUGUUCAUACUCCUUGACUUAUUCCACAUUUUGUUGCGUUACAGACUGAAUUCAGAAUUGAUUAAAUAUAUAUGUGUUUCUCACCAAUCUACACACAAUACGCCAUAAUGACAAUGUGAAAACAUGUUUUUAGAAAUGUUUGCAAAUGUAAUAAAAAAAAAAAAAUGCAUAAAUAUCUCAAUGACAAAAGUAUUCACACACCUGAGUCAAUACUUUGUAGAAGCACCUUUGGCUGCUAUUACAGCUGUGAGUCUUUCUGGGUAAAUCUCUUAAGAGCUUUCCACACUUGGAUUGUACAGCAUUUGCCCAUUUUUAAAAAAAUGAUUCAAGCUCUGUUCAAAUUGGUUGUUGAUCCUUGCUAGACAACCAUUUUCAGGUCUUGUCAUAGUUUUUCAAGUAGAUUUAAGUCCAAACUGUAACUCGGCCACUCCGGAAAAUUCACUGUUAUCUUGGUAAGCAACUCCAGUGUAGAUUUGGCCUUGUGUUUGAGAUUAUUGUCCUGCUGAACUGUGAAUUCAUCUCCCAGUGUCUGGUGGAAAACAGACUGAACCAGGCUUUCCUCUAGGAUUUUGCCUUUAUCCUGAAAAAAUCCCAGUCCUUAAUGAUUACAAGCAUACCCAUAACAUGAUGCAGCCACCACUAUGUCUGAAAAUAUGGAGAGUGGUACUCUGUAAUAUGUUAUGUUCGAGGCAAAUCCAAUAACACUUUGUAUUCAGGACAAAAGGUUAAUUGCUUUGCAAUUUUUUUUGCAGUAUUACUUUAGUGCCUUGUUACAAACAGGAUGCAUGUUUUGUAAUAUUUUUAUUUGGUACAGGUUUCCUUUUCACUCUGUCAAUUAGGAUAGUAUUGUGGAGUAACUACAAUGUUGUUGAUCAAUGCUAAGUUUUCUCCUAUCACAGCCAUUAAACUCUUUCACUGUUUAAAAGUCACCAUUGGCCUCAUGGUGAAAUCCCUGAGCGGUUUCUUUCCUCUCCGGCAACUGAGUUAAGAAGGACGCCUUUAUCUUUGUAGCGACUGGGUGUAUUGAUACACCAUCUAAAGUGUAAUUAAUAACUUCACCAUGCUCAAAGGGAUAUUCAACAUCUGCUUUUUUAUUUUUACCCAUCUACCAAUAGGUGCCCUCAUAGCCGUGGGGAGUAAGGGUGCUGAGGGUGCUGCAGCACCCCCUGAAAAAACACUUAUUUUUACUCUGCACUUUUGUUAUUUGUUAAUAUAACUGGAGUUUAUUUAAGAUUUUUUUUUUUAGCAAAUCAUUGUCUCACAUGUACUAGUCUAAUUGUUUGUCUAGAUUAGAUUUAAGGCCUACUACAUAUGGCAUUAACUGUUUUGGGGGAAUUUAAUGGUUUCUCAGUCAAUGGUUUUUAUUGCUGAAUAGCCUACAGUAAUGCUACGUAGUUUACUGAUUUUGCUACUUGAUUUUAUUGUACAGUUUUGUAUUCUUGCAAAAUUAGCUCUUACCUUUUUAUUAUGCAAUUAUUAUUUUUUGUUCUUUUAUCAACCACCUGCUGCUAAUUAUGAUAUUCAAAGGGCUGGAACGGUAUUUCUCUUGUCUGUCUGUACAAUAAAUUAUAUUAUAGUCCUCUAUUUGAUGAUCAAACAAAAGAAUGUUAACAUAAAAAAAUCUGACAUCUCACUGUCUACAAUCAUUUAAGAUCCCAUGUUCAAUACUCUGUCUUCAAUAAUGUUUUCAAAGCUAAGUCUGUAUUCUUAUCAUUUGGAAACGUAUUCCUACAUCUUUGUGUUGCUUAACAGAAAUAUCAAACUACUGUUAGCUCUGCCUUUACCCAACCUGAUAAAUAAACUGUCAUACUGUCACUAUUGA